AUGAAAGACAAGGAAAACUGGGUGAACAUGUAUGUUUACAAACAUGCCCAUUUCGGCAAUCGCACGUCGAACCGUGCAGAAAGUGCCCAUUCUUCUCUCAAGCAUUCUCUUGAUACUUCCUCGGGUAAACUGAAGACAGUUACCCUUAAAGUAAAAAAGUGGUAUGACAAGUUGUUUGCAGAUCGCAAGCAUCGGCUAAUGGUGGAAAGCCUUGGAGAAGGAACAAAAAUUGUGUUUGAUAAAGUCAAUGCCGCCAGACUAAAUGACAUCCGUCUUAAAGUCUACCAUUUAACUAUCCAAAAUGCAACCCCAGUACCCCCAAACAUCAACAAUAUCAAACCAAUAACCCCAGAAUUCAACUAUGCUCUUGAGCUUAUUUGCGAACAUUUUGCCAAUGCUCAGAGCGAACAAGAACAAAUCAAUAUAUACCAAUUGAUAGAAAAAACUUUGAAACAAAUCGACGCACAGAAACUCAAAAACCUUAAGGGCCCAACAGUAGUCGAAGCCAUUAAAGGCCGACCAAAAAAUACCAAGCGCAAGAUGAUUGCAUUAGAGCAUUGCAUCAAUACCGAAAAAGAAAAAAUCACAAAAAAAAUUAAAACAGAAAAAGAACAAAAAAAGCAAAAAAUAUCCUCAGCUAAAGAGCAAAAAGCCAUAAAAAAUAUUAUCAACCUUGGGUCACCAUGCGAUUCCACAUUACUAACAAAUCUCACAAUCGCACCAAAACAUAUAUCAACAAUCUUUUCUCCUGAAGCAGACGGAAAUUGUGGGUACAGGGCGAUAGCAAUGGAAGUGUACCAGGACCAGGAGGAGUGGUCAAAAGUAAAAGACAAAAUGCUAGAAACAUUUUUAAAGCACCAAAACAACUACUACCACGGAAGAAUGGAGCAUGGCAAUAUGCCUGCAUCCAAUAACCCACUAAUUUGCAGUCUCCAAGACAAGCGCUCACCUCUCCCCCAGCAACAUUGGUUUGGUACAAUCGACCAUCCUCAACUUGUAGCCGAUACAUUUAGCAGAGCAGUGGCUGUAUAUUGGAAUACUCCAAUUGAAACAGGCGACUGUCUUUUUGUUCCGUUUGCUACCUUGCCAGAAAAAGUGGAACCGAUAAUUAUUAUCUUAGAUGUAAACCACUUUCUUCUUGCCAAGCGCAAAAACAAUCGAAAUUUCUGCUGGCCAAAAAUCAACCCCUUUCAUAAAAGAAUAAUUCAAAAACAUGGCCUUGAAGAUUAUUCUUUGAUGUACUAA